GAACAAACAAUAACAGAACAAACAAGUACAGAACAACCAACUACAGAACUACCAAGUACAGAACAAACAAGUACAGAACAACCAAGUACAGAACGACCAAGCACAGACCAACCAAGUACAGGCCAACCAAGUACAGAACACUCAAUAACAGAACAAACAAUAACAGAACUACCAAGUACAGAACAACCAACUACAGAACUACCAAGUACAGAACAACCAAGUACAGAACAACCAAGUACAGAACAAUCAACUACAGAACAAACAAUAACAGAACAAACAAUAACAGAACAACCAAGUACAGAACAACCAAGUACAGAACUACCAAGUACAGACCAACCAAGUACAGAACAACCAACUACAGAACAAAUAAUAACAGAACAAACAAUAACAGAACAACAAAUUACAGAACAACCAACUACAGAACAACCAACUACAGAACAAACAAUAACAGAACAAACUAGUAUAGAACAACCAAGAACAGAACAACGAAGUACAGAAAAACCAAGAACAGAACAACCAAGUACAGAACAGCCAGCUACGGACCUACCAAGUACAGACCAACCAAGUACAGAACAAACAAUAACAGAACAAACAAUAACAGAACAACAAAUACAGCGAAACAAACUACAGAACAAAAAAGCACAGAACAACCAAGUACAGAACUACAAAGUACAGACCAACUAA